AUGAGAAAUAGAUGGUCACAUCUGCUCUUGGUUCUGUUCGCCGGUGCAACCAUCCUCGCACUUUUGGGCAGACUGAAAAAUGUGGGCGAGCGUUCGCUGGACCAAUGGUACGCAGCGAGGUCGUACGAGAUAUUGCACAAGUUCGACAACGUGAGGCGAUAUGACCAGUUGUUCCGUCCGCCGAAGAUGUCGACCAAUUCCUACGUAGACCUGCUGGAGUUCCGACCUCUAGUCGCCGACGGCCCACGCGAAAAUGCGACCUUGCUCAUGCUCUGUCGCAAUUGGGAGCUUCCCGGGGUGCUGAGCUCCAUGCGCUCCCUCGAGGAUCGGUUUAACAGCCGCUUCCACUACGAUUGGGUGUUCCUGAACGACGUGCCGUUUGACGUGGACUUCGUGGAGGCCACCAGCGCGAUGGCCAGCGGCCGGACCUUCUACGGGCUGGUGCCCGACGAGGACUGGAACACGCCCCGCUGGAUCGACCCGCUGCGCUACGAGGAGUGCCUGCAGGAUAUGCUCGCGAAGGACGUCCCGUACGGUGGCUCACGGUCGUACCGCAACAUGUGCAGAUUCAACUCCGGGUUCUUCUUCCGGCAAGAGUUGCUGGACAACUACGACUACUACUUCCGCGUGGAGCCAAACGUCGAAUACUUCUGUGACUUCCCGUAUGACCCCUUCCGCGUCAUGCGCGAGCACCGCAAGAAGUACGGCUUCGUCAUCACGCUGACGGAGUACGAGCAGACCGUGCCUACGCUGUGGCAGGCCGUGCGCGCGUUCGCAGCCGAGCACCCGGAGCUCGUGGACCUCGCCACCAACCUGCACGAGUUCGUCACCAGCGGGCCCGCGGCCCCCUCCGCCCUCGCAGACCUCGAAUACAACCUGUGUCACUUCUGGUCCAACUUCGAAAUCGGCGACCUCAACUUCUUCCGCAGCCCGGCGUACCUGACCUUCUUCGAGCACCUCGACCGCGCCGGCGGCUUCUACUACGAGCGCUGGGGCGACGCGCCCGUCCACUCCCUCGCCGCCGCGCUGCUCCUGCGCGCCGACGAGGUGCACCACUUCGAGGAGAUCGGCUACUUCCACGUGCCCUACGGCACGUGCCCGUCCGCGCACGUCGCGCGUCUCGCGCAGCGCUGCGUCUGCAACUUCGGCCGCGAGGCCGUCGACAUCGAGCACACAUCGCACUCCUGUCUCGACCACUGGUGGCGCCGCGGCGGCGGCAAGUUCUUCCUGUCUAUGUAG